CUUCUCCUGAAAAUAAUCCAACCAUGCUUAAGUUACGGUAGUACGGUAGUAUUCACUCAUUUUCCGACCCAUUUCCAUUCUUUUCACAUCCAAACUUUGUACAUACUAUAGAUCUCCAACGUCCCCAGACCUCCAUCCAUUUUAGAUCUACAUAUCUGGACCACUUCGUUGUGUGCUCUAUUGCUCUAUUGGCCUCUCUUAGUCUAUAUGACCUACCCAUAGCAGCCAUUCUCAGCGAUCUCGACAUUCGUUACUUUUCAUCUCUCGUCUCUACUCCAGCAUUUCAACCCUCUAAACAUAUCCUUCUUUAAUAGCCUGUUCUCAUACCCGAAUUGGAUUAUCGUUCGAUGUUGUUGCUUCUUUACAUUGGUUAGUGGUGAUAGCUGGUGGCCCAUUGGAAAAGUCGACAUUACAUCUGUACCUGUGUUUUGCAAGUUAAUCAUAGCACUACUUUAUCCAUGAUGGGUUCUGGAGAAUAUGACGAGAAAACCUCUCCCACGCUGACCCACGCGCCGACCGUCUCGGAUACCGCCGUCGGCGAAUCGGAAAAGUUCGCUGAAGAAACAGAGAAGUUCCCUCCGGAACCAUCGCAACAUCUUCAAGUCCCUUCCGAAUCCGGCAGAAUGCCCUUGGAUCAAGGAACCCUCGGAAGCCUUUCAAAAUCCGAAUCUAGAGAACAGAACACCCGCUUUUUGGACGAUCUUACGGUUGUCCAGGCGGAACGGAAUAUCAGCCAACAAGAAUCGGCCGAACUUCGUCGUACUCACUCUAAGGCUAGGAGCCAUGAGCCCCCGGUGAAGGAAGAUGUGUUUAAUCAACCCACCCAGGCCCCUACUCUUAUUGGUUUAGCCCCCGAACCUCCAACCCAAGUGAAUAAGGCGAUCCGGCGAAUUAAGAAAUUGCCUCGGAUAGUUCGAUAUUUCUUGUACAGCAUACCUGUAACCCUUUGUUUGGUGCCCCCGAUAUUUCUUGGGGCUUUUCUACCACAGGAGAGCCAGGCUGUUAUUGGUGGUCCUGGCGGUGUCCAGUUGAUGUGGUUCGGGAUCUGGCUCGAAGUCUUAUGGUUAUCGUUGUGGGCAGCCAGAAUAGUGACUGCCAUAAUGCCGUUUCUCCUAACUAUGGUGGCCAAACUGUUGCAAGGAAAUCCGAAGAAAUGGAAUGGAAUUGGCCGCCAGCUAGAGUUGCAUACAGCAUUGUUUCUUUGGAUGCUGGCUGUACUCAUCUCAUAUUACCCUAUCUUGAAUAACCACAAGGUACCAGCUCGAGUACCCGAGGACGCUGACACUGCAUACCCGGACAUAGAAUGGAUCGGCGUCUGCAACAAGAUCAUAACCGCUGUAUUCGUUUUGGCUAUCCUGAACUUCUUCGAAAAGAUUUUCGUGCAAUGGGUUGCUUCGACUUUUCAUAAGAGGACAUACGCGGCACGUAUCGAUACGAACAAAACGGCUAUCUCAUACUUGGUUCAUCUCUAUGAGCACUCCAAGGACAGAUUAGUUUCGGAAGCGUCAGUCAUGAACGAGCAAGGUCGGGGGUCUGGUAGCAAAACCCCUAUGGCGUUUAUUUCGGACAAUGCUCGCGAUACUAUGGCGAAAGUAGGCGAUACCAUCAACCGUGUAGCCGGUGAUUUCACCGGACGUGAAGUCAAGCUCAGAAAUCACCCAAGAAAAGUGGUCUCCGAGCUACUUCGAAAUACCAAUUCUGCGCAGGUCCUGGCUAGGCGUCUUUUUAGGACUUACGCCAAACCAGGCACCGAUAUCUUAUUGCCACAUGACCUUAGUCCGGCAUUCUCCAACGCGGAGGAAGCCGACGCGGCGUUUAACGUAUUUGACCGCGACUUCAACGGCGAUGUCUCCAUGGAAGAACUGGAAGCCUUCUGCGACGAGGUUCAUCGCGAAAAGAAAGCAAUAGCAGCGUCGCUUAAGGAUUUAGACUCCGUCAUCAAGAAACUUGACAGGGUCUUCUUUUUCGUCUGCGUGAUCAUUGCGGUUCUCGUCUUCAUCUCGAUAAUAUCGACUAGCACUGCCGCCGCAUUGGCAUCGUUGGGUACCGCUGUUUUGGGACUUGCGUGGGUGCUACAGGCAACGGCUCAGGAAUUCCUGCAAUCUAUCAUAUUCGUUUUCGUGAAGCAUCCGUUUGAUGUCGGCGACCGAGUCACCGUGUACGGCAACACAGGAUCCCUGAUGAGAGGCGACGAUUACUACGUCACUGAGAUCUCAUUGCUGUACACCGAAUUUAAGAAGAUGGAGGGUCACAUAGUCCAAGCCCCCAACUCGAUUCUUAAUACCCUAUUUAUUCUGAAUCAUCGUCGCAGUGGUCAGUUAGCUGAUGUGUUUGAACUGCGGAUGAGAUACGGUACUCCAGGAUCCGUUAUUAAGGAGCUCGAACACCGUAUGACUGAGUACGUCUUGGCCAAUAAGCGCGACUUCACAGGGAAAAUCUUGACGGAGCUUAAAGGCUUUGAAGAUGCGUAUUGCAUGACGGUCAAUCUCAUAUGCUUCCACAAGACAAGCUUCCAAAACGAACUGUUGCGUCUUAUCAGACAUAAUAAGUUUGCUAUGGAGUUGAUGGCUCAGAUGGUUGACCUCGGAAUCGAGCAACCUCGCCGACAGUACCAAAUUUCUGGAAGGGACUGGCCCGUCUUCCAGUCUAACAUACAGCCACCGUCAUACGAAGAACAGAACCCGACCGUGGACCCCGCUAUACUAUCUGCCACUCGUCGACGAGCCAAUUCACACGUCACCGACACCACAGGGGACGUGUUCCAAGACGUCUUCGUUGUGCGGAAGAAUAGCAACCCAAGCUUCAGCCAUCCCCCGCGCAUACCCGAAGAACCUGCCGAAGCGAGCGGUGCUCUUGGGAGUAGUUCUCAGCUGGAGAAGUAUCCCACGAACGGUAGCGGCGGCCGCAGCAGCCGCAAAAAUCUAUUCGCCCGUACCAUGACUCUGAGAAAGAGCGCCGAACGCUCCGAGCGAGAUAGGGAUAUUGUUUGAGGAGCUGGCAGCGUCUCAGGAACGAGAGCGAUUGUUCAGCGUACAUUAAUGAUUAAUGGGACAUAUUCUCUUUUCUUUUCUUCUCUUGUCGAACAACGCAUAGACUGGCAUGAGAUUACUCGGUAUAGACUGGUCAUAUACCCCAUGAGGCUGAAAGUUUUAGAUAGUGGUGUGGCGUACAAACAGUAAUGGAUCGUUAUUUUACACGUUAACCAUCCUUGUCGAGCUCUCGGUGAAUGUGACGAGUGAUCUGC